AUGGGUCCUGACUCAGAUCGUGUUACUGUUCUUAUUGAUAAAUUAGCCAUUGAGUUUAAGGUUCGUGAUAUGGGUGUGCCUCCUUUCUUUUUGGGUAUUGAAACUGUCCGGUUAUCUGGCGGUAUGCUUUUAUCACAACAACGGUACACGAAGGAUAUUCUCAAACGUGCUGGCAUGGUGGACUGCAAGCCAAUAGUCACGCCCGUCACUGAUAAAGUUGCCGUUCUCUAUGCCGAUCCUACACAGUACAGGAGUCUUGCAGGUGCUCUCCAGUAUCUUAUGGUAACUCGUCCUGAUUUAUCUUAUGCUGUUAAUCUCUUGUGUCAACACAUGCAUUCUCCCACUACUACAGACUGGGCCUUUCUAAAAAGAGUCCUGCGGUAUGUCAAAGGCACCCUGAAUCUUGGUUUGCGUAUUUCUCGGUCUACAUCUAUGGAUAUUCACGCUUAUUCUGACUUAGAUUGGGUUGGUGAUCUGAAUGAUCGCAAGUCUACUAGUGGCUUUGUUGUGUUAUUGGGCAGUAAUCUUAUAUCUUGGGUUUGUCGGAAGCAACGGACUGUUGCGCGUUCCUCAACUGAAGCAGAAUACAAGGGACUAGCUUGUGUCGUUAGGAUUGUACAUUUAGAAAUUUUUGAUAGUGCAUUUAGAAAUGUUUGA